AAGAAAAAACAGAGCGUUCACAUUUCUGUGCUACAUUACAUUAUCAUGGCAUUGAUCUUCUUCUUCUUCUUCUUGUUAUCGAAUUUGUUCUUCUCCGGAGUUAUGUCAAGGAGCUUCACAUUUUCGAACAAAUGCGAAUACACAGUCUGGCCGGGAAUUCUAUCUAACGCCGGAGUUCCUCCAUUACAACCUACGGGCUUCGUCCUUCAGAGAGGCGAGACGCGUACGAUCGACGCGCCGUCUUCAUGGGGCGGUCGUUUCUGGGGAAGGACACUAUGCUCUACCAAUUCCGAUGGAAAAUUCUCCUGCGCAACUGGAGAUUGCGGUUCCGGAAAACUUGAAUGCUCCGGCGCUGGAGCUGCCCCUCCUGCGACUCUAGCUGAAUUUACCCUCGACGGUUCCGGAGGACUCGAUUUCUACGAUGUCAGCCUCGUCGACGGCUACAAUGUCCAGAUGCUGGUGGUUCCUCAAGGUGGCUCCGGUAAUAAUUGCAGCAGCACUGGCUGCGUCGUCGAUUUAAACGGCUCGUGUCCGUCGGAGCUAAGAGUGAAUAGCGUCGAAGGCGACGGCGGCGGUGGGAAGGGGGUGGUGACGAUGGCGUGUAAAAGCGCGUGCGAAGCGUUUCGGCAGCCGGAGUAUUGCUGCAGCGGCGCGUUUGGGUCACCUGACACGUGUAAGCCGUCUUCGUACUCACGGAUCUUCAAGAGCGCGUGUCCACGCGCCUAUAGCUACGCGUAUGACGAUAAGUCUAGUACAUUUACGUGCGCGAAAUCUCCCAACUACGUCAUCACUUUCUGUCCUGCUCCCAACACCAGCCUAAAAUCAGCCGAGGAACAGAGCACAAAGACAAUGACGACGACAAGUCCAAGCUCCGGCAGUACGACGUCGUCGCAGAUGGUCUACGAAGGUGCUCUGGACGAAAGGAGUGGUUCACCAUCUACGUGUCACGGCGUAUCACGGGCAAUCACAGUCGUUCUCUCGCUUGCUUUUUGUCGCAUGUGGUUGUUCGUCUGACUAGAUUAUAUGUCUUAGUGUCUGCCACGUAUGCGCAGAAACAAGAACAUAUGGGCCUUAGAAGGCCUUUUCUCACUAUAGUAAAAUAUUUCUAAAGUU